AUGAGGCAACGACACAAGUACAAGUGGAGAGCAAUCGGGCACCCGUCCUUCCUGCGUGCAUGCUCCGGUCGCCCUUCCCCCAACGGGCAUCGAUCUGAGGUUCGAGGCGACAAUGCGGGGCGCGCGGUCGUGUGUCGUGCUGGUCUCCCGUUUAUCUUUCCAGCGCGCCAAGUGGAGGCCCCCAAGUGGAUUCUCGAACGGCCCUCUCCUGGAACAAGGAGCCGACAACCAACGGCCAGCGCAGAACGAGGUCGAGGCCCGGGCGGAGGGGGGCAGUGCGGCAGAGCAAAGCCCGCAUGGAGAAGGAUAGGGCCAACUGGCCCAAGACGUCCCAAGCCCAAACAAGGACAAUCGCAGGCAACGGAGAAAGAUGCCGCGUCCGUGGCCAGAGAGGCCCACGGACCACCGUUCACCGGCUCGGAUCGCAUGCAGGUACUAGGAUGUAGCGCGCAGACCGGAUCAGAAGGGAGUCGUGGCGGCGCAACGACGUAUCGGAAGUGGAUUCCUGCCAUCCGCCAACGCAAAGCUCAGGCCAAAUGGCAAUGGAACGGCGUCUUCCGCGUCCCACGAGCGCCAGUCCUGCAACCACCCGACCAGAUGAUGGGGCCGAGAGAGAGGCGUGUCGAUCGAAGGAGCUCGGGAUCACCCAAGUAG